AUGCCCAACACGGGCCAUCCUCCACAUCCCACCCCGUCGCCACACACGCAUACAUCGUCCCUGUCCUCUGUGUCCUCGCCCCCACCUACACCAUCAUCUGCUGGACCUGGAAACCGCCUAAAUACGCUCGCACCGACGUUCCAGCCACGGGCAUCGAAGGCCAAGAUCACGUCGUCGGACGGCACGGAGAGGGACGCGGAGAAGAAGGUCAAGCAGCAGGCGGAGGAGAAGAUCAAGCAGCAGGCAGAGGAGAAGCUGAAGAAGGAGAGGGAAGCCGAGGAGCGGAGGAAAGCUGAAGAGGAUCGUGCACGGAAGGAGAAGGAAAGGGAAGAGGAGGAGCGGAGACGGAAGCAGGAGGAGGAGGCUCGCAAGGAAGCGGAGAAGGCUCAGCCGCAGGACAAGGGAAUUUUCAGGAUAGACACUGCUGUGACAGCGGGGGAGACAUCCAAGAAGCGGCGUGCUGGCCCUCUCGACCUUUCUUCUACUCGCAGCCAACCCGUCGCCCAGCCCCUCCCUUCCGCCCUGGCCACCGCGCGGACCAUUGAAGAUCUUGGCAGCGUGUCGUACCCCGAGGGUAUCAAGGGUCCCAAGGUCGAGCUCAACAUGAACGCCAAACAUGGCAAGUUCAGGUAUGACCGUGACUUCCUCGUGCAGUUUAUGAAGAUCUGCAAGGACAAGCCUGACAACCUCCCGCCACUCGAUGCCAUCGGUCUCGAGCCAUCUGAGCAGGGUGC